GUGGAAAGUUGUCAAUUUGAUGAACAGUAGUAGUGCUAUGUAGAUUCAUUUCAAAUUUUUGCCCGAAAUUUGAUCUCAGAAGAUAUUCAAAAGAGGAGCCACGAAAUCGAUUGAAAUCUAUCUACCAUCAUCCCAUGGCGAAUCAGGCGAUGGCCACGAACAUUGUGAAGCUGAUUGUGAAAUCUGGCCUUAAACCCUUCAAAACGACGCCAUCGCUGCUUUCGAAUCUUGAUUCUCGGGUAACGCAAUUGGUUUUGUCUAAUCCAAGCGUUCCUACUCAGUCGUGUUUGAGUUUUUUCAACUUUCUCCGACAAAACCCUUCUCAGAAACCCGAUCUUCGGGCACAUUUAAUACUUAUUUGUAGGUUGUAUCGAGCUCGGAAGUUCGCUGUAAUGAAAAAUGUGUUGAACUUCAUCGUCAAUGAUGGAAAUCUUCGCAGCAGUACUGAACGGAUUGUUUCUUCGAUUGGAGGUGAGCUCAGUGAGCCAAAGUUUGUUGAUAAAUUUUGUGAUAUGCUGUUUAGGGUAUACGUGGAUAACGGAAUGUUUGAUUCGGCUUUGGAAGUUUUUGAUUAUGCGAGAAAGAAUGGGUUUGAGAUUGAGGAGAGAUCCUGUCUUGUCCUUCUGCUUGCUUUAAAGAGGUCUGGUAAUGUUGAAUUAUCUCUGGAAUUCUUGCGCCAAAUGGUCGAUUCAGGUGUGGAAAUAAGUGUUUAUUCGUUGACGAUUGUGGUUGAUGGGUUGUGUAGAAAAGGGGAGGUUGAAAGGGCCAAGGCUUUGAUGGAUGAACUUGUUGGCAAAGGAUUUAAGCCCAAUGUUGUCACAUAUAAUACUCUUUUGAAUGCUUAUAUUGAAAGGAGGAAUAUGAGCUGUGUAAAUGAGAUUCUUAGUUUGAUGGUGAAAGAUGGCGUGGAUUAUAGUGCAACAACGUAUACAAUUUUGAUUGAAUGGUAUUCAAGAAGUGGGAAAAUUGAAGAAGCAGAGAAGGUGUUCGAUGAAAUGCUUAAGAGAGGUAUAGAGCCUGAUGUUUAUGUUUACACCUCCAUUAUAAAUUGGAACUGUAAUUCUGGAAACAUGAAGAGGGCCUUUGCUCUGUUUGAUGAAAUGACUGAGAGAGGACUUGUUCCAAAUGCUUACACUUAUGGUGCUCUUAUAAAUGGUGCCUGCAAGGCAGGGGAGAUGGAGGCAGCUGAGAUGCUGGUAAAUGACAUGCAAAGUAAAGGGAUUGAUGUAAAUCAAGUUAUAUUCAAUACGUUGAUAGAUGGGUACUGCAAAAAAGGGAUGCUUGACGAAGCUCUAAGGCUGCAGGAUAUCAUGCAGCAAAAAGGGUUCAAGAUUGAUGUGUUUACUUAUAACAUAAUUGCCAGUGGAUUUUGUAGGUCGAAUCGGCGAGACGAAGCAAGGAGUUUAUUGCUCACAAUGGAAGAAAGGGGAGUGGCUCCAAAUGCAGUGAGCUUCAGUACUUUGAUUGACAUUUACUGCAAAGAAGGGAAUUUUGCAGAAGCAAAGAGGCUGUUGAAGGAAAUGGAGACGAAGGGCAAGGUACCUAAUGUUGUUACGUACAAUACUUUCAUUGAUGGAUAUGGGAAGAAGGGAAAGAUGGAGGAGGCAUACAAGCUGAGAGAUGAGAUGCAAGAAAGGGGGUUAAUGGCAGACACAUUUACAUAUUCAUCACUUAUAAAUGGGGAAUGUGUUCGUGGGAAUUUGGAUACGGCACUUGAACUGUUUAAUGAAAUGCCACAGCGAGGGCUAAAUAGAAAUUUGAUAACUUACACGGCAUUGAUCUCUGGGUUGUCGAAGGAUGGUAGAUCGGAUGAAGCUUUUAAAUUAUACGAUGAAAUGAAAGCAGCAGGCAUUGAACCUGAUGAUAGAAUAUAUUCUUCCUUGACAGGGAGCCUUCAUAGAGCAGGAUCUUAGUUUCGGGAUUGGAAAUUGUCAUCAACCGAAUUGAAACUUGACCAGACUGGGUGUAUUGAGCUACAAUUUACCGAAGUGUGAAUGUACUUGAACCGACUGGGAAUAUGUUUCGUGACCAAUGAAUUGCCACGAUAUGUUGUCAACCAAGUAACGGUUGGACAGUGAUUAUCCAAGAAAGGUGCUCAAGUUUCUUACCGAUCUUUAAGCAGUAUUCCAUAUGCUUAAUCUUCGCAAUGACUUUCCCGGCAGAAAAUUUGAUGGUAUAAUCGUUAUUUAUAUACGCAUGUCAUCUAUGUUUAUUCCUUGACCAUUUGAUCUUCCCACACAUAUAU